GUGAACACAGUUGCACAGUUUACUGCUAUUGGGAUUUUCAACAUCAUUUGGAGGUUAACUCCGUUUUUGUUUACUUGGAAAAUUGAAUUAAUUGUUGUAAUAGCAUUAAGUGUGUGUUUACUGAUAUAUUAAACUUAACAUUUAACAUUAAUAGUUUGUAUAAUUUUCAGCUGAAAAGUUUGUGUUUUUGAAAUAGAAUUAGCAAAAUGGCAUCAUUUUCUGUGCCUUCUGUUACUGAAGGUUCUGAUAUUGGUAUAGAGUAUUAUUGUACAGUUUGCAAAGAGGAGAAACAUAUUUAUAUAGACGCAGAUUUCUACUGUAAAAAUUGUGUAAAGUUUUUCUGUAAAACAUGUAUUAAUUCCCAUACACAUGGUGGCUGGCGAGCUUUGUUUAAACCAUCUCCCUAUGGAAAGGAUAAAAUAAUGAAGUGGCCACUUUCUGAGAAGAUGGAGAAGCUUCUUAGGACAUGUGACUUACACAAGGAUGGAACAUUAACAUUGUACUGCCCGGACCAUAGUCAGCUUUGCUGCUCAAGAUGUAUUGAACCAAAGCACAGACUGUGCUUUCAAGUUACCUCAAUACUUCAGGCUUCCAAAAUGAAAUCAACCAAAGUAAAAAAACUUUCUGUCAGAACACAAAAUACUCUUUUGCACGUGGCACAGUUUGAGACCUACCAGGAGGACAGAAUGAGGUCUCUUAAGGUUUCAUACAAUGAACAUGAGAAAGAUAUGGUGGAGGGCAUGCGUCUGAAUAUAACAACAUUUUUACACAUGUGUGAAAACAGUACAGUGAAUGAAACACAUGAGCAAAACAAAUUUUAUGACAUUCGUGAGAAAAUCAUCUCUAUAUUAGUUGAUUUUGAGAAAAGCACUGUUAAGGAAAAAAAAGAAGAGCUGAAGCUUAAGCAAGCUCCUCUCAUGAGUGUGAGAAACAGCUGCAUCAGGCUUCACGAUGAAUUAUUACAACUCCAUUACGCCAUACAGAAAGUACUGGGUAGACAUGAACUCUCUUUUAUUGCCAGAAAAAAAUGUCAGGAAAAAAUACAACAGUCUGAUACAUUUACCAAAGAGAACUUUCCAAACUAUGUGUUCUCUGUGAAUGGGAAGACUGUGCACAAAGUGAAAAUGCCAAGUGAUUUAAGAACAUGCUCAAUCCGAGCUAUAUAUGCUCUCCCAGAUGGACAGGUUUUGGUUGCAGACAGCAAUAAUUAUAAUGUUAAGCUGCUGAACCAGCAGUACCAGGUGGUAAGUCACUGGGAUGCGACUUAUUAUAUAAAGGACAUGUGUCAGAUCACACCCAGUGAGGUUGCAGUGGCCGUGAAUAAGAAUUCUAGUAACAUUCAUGAGGUCCAGUUUAUAUCAGUCACCCAGAGCCAGCUCGCUCCAGGUAGAAAGCUUGAGUUACAACAUACAUGUAGAGGUAUCGCACACCAUCAGGGAGACCUGUAUAUCUGCUCCGGUACUGCCCUGUACAAGUACACAUUGAGUGGCAAAAAGGUCUGCAGACUCUAUGAAGAUAAAUCAGCUGAUGAUACAGUAUACAAGUGUGCUGUGAGUCCCACAGGAGACAGGCUGUACAUCAUCAGCUGGUACCAGAACAAGCUUCUCACCCUGGCCAGGGAUGGCACACUCCUGGCUACAUACACAGACCCAGCACUACUAUGGCCAGAUGGUCUACAUGUGACCCCUGCAGGCCAGGUGCUGGUCUGUGGAUGGUGGUCCGACACUGUACUACAGGUGGGCUGGGAGGGAGAGAGUAAGCUGGCUACGCUGGCUACUCGGGUGGAUGGAGUGAGGGCGCCAUGGUCAGUCUGCUACAGCAGCACCACAUCAUCCAUCAUUGUGGGACAGCUGAAGGACAACAUCCUGGUGUUCAGAGUGGAAUAGUGUGUACAUUGGCUGCUGAGUCAGAACAAGGAUGCUGAGGAUGUGGUGGACAAGGAUGACAUGACUACGCAGAAGCAACUGCCAAGCACAGAAGACAACAGAGUAGUGAAAGGCUCAGCCAAAUCAAAGUCCAGCGAUGUGAGGGUGACACAGCCUUUCCAUGUCCUCGUAUUGCAACAUGAAGGACAUUUUAGCUGAAACUAACAAGGGAGAGAACUGUAGAUCUGCACCAGCACAGAGCACCAGCAUUGAUAUCGAGUUGGCCCAGCAACCGCACGAGUCCCGCCUGCAGGAGCCCCAGUCCAGAACGACCCUUCCCCUCCCCUGACUUCUAACUCCUCCCCCUUGACCUCCUGACUCAAAAAGUCAGCAUCGUUGAACAACUCCGUUCUGCAGAAAAUUUUGAGCAUGAUUCUGGUCUGAACAAACACAAUGCCCACGUCAAGUUGUCCACACAUAAGCCUGGGUAGUUCUGUUAAGCUAGAGUUCCGCGUGGGCCUGAGAGGGACGAGUUUUACAAACACGAAAAGUUAUAGCUGUAGUUAUGGUAACGCUAACAGUCAGUUGUUGCUGUUGGACAUCUCAACAAAUAUCCUGAAGAAUAAAAAGUUCAAUAACUUGUUCCAAUCUUUAUGGGACAAACAGAAAUUGGACGGGAGAAAAUCAAGGAACAAUAAAAGCGUAAGCUUUCCUAGUGGGAUGCUUCUGCUGUUGAUAGUUUGGACGACAGUAGGGUUACGGACUGCCCCAGAUUGUCCUCUCAGCGGCCAAAAUAUCAUAAUAGAACGGACUUUUGGCAAUGUUACCGACAAAGAAAGGCAGUAAUGACUUGGUUGUGAAUACCCAGAGCACGAUACAUCCAUGCUGACACAAAAAGGCAGUUAUGACUUGGUGGUGAAAACCCAGAGCACGCUACAUCCUUGCUGACCAAGAAAUGCAGUAAUGACUUGGUUGUGAAUACCCAGAGCAUGCUACAUCCAUGCUGACACAGAAAGGCAGUAAUGACUAUGCUGUGAACACCCAGAGCAAGAUAUAUCCAUGCUGACACAGAAAGGAAGUAAUGACUAUGCUGUGAACACCCAGAGCAAGAUAUAUCCAUGCUGACACAGAAAGGCAGUAAUGACUAUGCUGUGAACACCCAGAGCAAGAUAUAUCAAUGCUGACACAGAAAGGAAGUAAUGACUAUGCUGUGAACACCCAGAGCAAGAUAUAUCCAUGCUGACACAAAAAGGCAGUAAUGACUAUGCUGUGAACACCCAGAGCAAGCUACAUCCAUGCUGACACAGAAAGGAAGUAAUGACUAUGAUGUAAACACCCAGAGCGCAAUACAUCCAUGCUGACACAGAAAGGCAGUAAUGACUAUGCUGUGAACACCCAGAGCACGCUACAUCCAUGCUGACACAGAAAGGAAGUAAUGACUAUGCUGUGAACACCCAGAGCAAGAUAUAUCCAUGCUGACACAGAAAGGCAGUAAUGAUUAUGCUGUGAACUCCCAGAGCAAGAUAAAUCCAUGCUGACACAGAAAGGCAGUAAUGACUACGCUGUGAACACCCAGAGCACAAUACAUCCAUGCUGACACAGAAAGGCAGUAAUGACUUGGUUGUAAACACCCAGAGCACAAUACAUCAAUGUUGACUCAGAAAGGCAGUAAUGACUUGGUUGUGAACACAGAACACGAUACACCCAUGCUGACACAGAAAGGCAGUAAUUACUUGGCUGUGAACACAGAGCACAAUACAUCCAUGCGGAAACAGAAAGGCAGUCAUGACUAUGCUGUGAACACCCAGAGCACGAUAAAUCCAUGCUGACACAGAAAGACAGUAAAGAUUUGGUUGUAAACACCCAGAGCACAAUACAUCCAUGAUGACACAGAAAGGCAGUAAAGACCUUGUUGUAAACACUAAGAGAUCCAUACAUCCAUGGGGUGUGCCACAGCCCGAAUUACGCCCACUAUUGUGAACAAGGUGCUUAAAGUGAACAUGUCUGGUUUUGGUAUGAGGACUUAGCAUUCCAAGCCUAAAAGGCCUCGCAUUGAAUUGAUGCAAGAGAAGGCUUUGAAAAAUAACAGCAGUUUUGUUGUGUGGUCCAGUACGCCCUUCGACUCUCAACCUGAAGAAAGCAGAACUCAAACUCGGCUCUUAUCAAUAUCAGCAAGGCCAGCAUGUCAUAUAAGCUUCUUGAGCUUCAGUGAACUUUACUAGCAAACAUGACAAACGUCAUUGAAAUGAAAGUCGAUGACAACCCCCUUCUUGCACAAAUACUACAACUUGCUUAAGAAAAUCAGCAUGAAGACGUCUUGCGUCAGACUACCAAGCCUCCUAUCAAUAUAUCCUCCCAUGUUGGCUACAUCAACACUUCCAACAGCAGAGCCUUGGUGAGUUUGACUUCCGUCUCAGCAUCCAUGUCGCUUAGCAACAAUUGAAUGAUGGGCGUCGACAAAUUAGGCCGGACAAGUCGCUCAAACUGAAACGAUCUGAUCCAACAGGUUUGGGGUGGCGACUUCAGCGUCAGGACUUGCUCCAUCUCUGUCUAUGGCCCAGUCCCAGCAGCAGCAGCAGCAGCAGCAGCAGCAACAAGAACAAUAAGUGAAUAAAAGGCUCUCUGGUCAGCUGGACCCGGACGCCAAGGGACACUUCCUGCCCAAGUACCGUGAGGCAAAUGCUCAAUGAGUUCUACCCGAAGUGUGAAGCGUCUCUAGACCUGUGGCUCCAGACUGUCUUACCCAGGGGCCAAGAUUACUUUAUCUGCAAGAGGCCUUAUACUCACAGGUUCCCCAAAUACAACUCAGCCACAACAUCCUAAUCGGACAACUUGUCAAUCAACAUGGAACAGUACCCAGAAAAUCACGACCAGCUCAUGAACUGUGUAACUGCGCCAAGCGUGACCCUUCAGAGAAAGGGGCUUCCAUGCCGAAGGUCAAAUUGUGGCCGUUGUUCAGUGUCAAGCGGAAUCCUAGCAACCAAGCUACGUCAGCACAGCAGCAAAAACAGUUUCAACAACAGUGGUGCAUAUGCAUUAAACUACGAGAGUUGACUGCGUAAUGUGGCAUCAAAGUCUGCAAGGAGAAACUAUGCAAUUGAGGAAGCCAAGAAACCAUGCAAUUGAGGAAGCCAAGAAACCAUGUGAUAAUUUCAAGCAGCUUACCUACUCUUGAAACCCGGAUAGCAAAGCAUUGAGAUUGUUCUGGAAGCAUUUGUAGUCACAGCUCAUUAAGCAUCCCCCUGAAGCAGGACCCUCAGUCUACGGACGCCAAUUGACGAAAUAAAACUUGUCAUUCAGCAACACAGCCAGUUGCAGCAGUUGUUACCAUAUUGACCCCAGUCAAAACUAGGAGCUCAGAGAUAACACAGCCAGUUGCAGCAGUUGUUACCGUAUGGACCCCAGUCAAAACAAGGAGCUCAGAGAUAAAUACUGUUUAAGAUAGAUAUUCUCUACAUUCCUCAUGGUCAGGCAACACAGCCAGUUGCAGCAGUUGUUACCGUAUUGACCCCAGUCAAAACUAGGAGCUCAGAGACAAUCAGCAACACAGCCAGUUGCAGCAGUUGUUAACAAAUUGACCCCAGUCAAAACUAGGAGCUCAGAGACAAUCAGCAACACAGCCAUUUGCAGCAGUUGUUACCAUAGUGACCCCAGUCAAAACUAGGAGCUCAGAGAUAAAUACUGUUUAAGAUAGAUAUUCUCUACAUUCCUCAUUGUCAGGCAACACAGCAUGUUGCAGCAGUUGUUACUGUAUUGACCCCAGUCAAAACUAGGAGCACAGAGACAAUCAGCAACACAGCCAGUUGCAGCAGUUGUUACCAUAUUGACCCCAGUCAAAACUAGGAGCUCAGAGAUAGAUCAACACAGCCAGUUGCAGCAGUUGUUACCAUAUUGACCCUAGUCAAAACUAGGAGCAGCAGUUGUUACCAUAUUGACCCCAGUCAAAACUAGGAGCAGCAGUUGUUACCAUAUUGACCCCAGUCAAAACUAGGAGCUCAGAGAUAAAAACUGUUUAAGAUAGAUCAACACAGCCAGUUGCAGCAGUUGUUACCAUAUUGACCCCAGUCAAAACUAAGAGCUCAGAGAUAAAUGCUGUUUAAGAUAGAUAAACACAGCCAGUUGCAGCAGUUGUUACCAUAUUGACCCCCGUCAAAACUAGGAGCUCAGAGACAAUCAGCAACACAGCCAGUUGCAGCAUUUGUUACCAUAUUGACCCCAGUCAAAACUAGGAGCUCAGAGACAAUCAGCAACACAGCCAGUUGCAGCAGUUGUUACCGUAUGACCCCAGUCAAAACUAGGAGCUCAGAGACAAUCAGCAACACAGCCAGUUGCAGCAGUUGUUACCGUAUGACCCCAGUCAAAACUAGGAGCUCAGAGACAAUCAGCAACACAGCCAGUUGCAGCAGUUGUUACCGUAUGACCCCAGUCAAAACUAGGAGCUCAGAGACAAUCAGCAACACAGCAAGUUGCAGCAGUUGCUACCGUAUGACCCCAGUCAAAACUAAGAGCUCAGAGACAAUCAGCAACACAGCAAGUUGCAGCAGUUGUUACCAUAUUGACCCCAGUCAAAACUAAGAGCUCAGAGACAAUCAGCAACACAGCCAGUUGCAGCAGUUGUUACCGUAUGACCCCAGUCAAAACUAAGAGCUCAGAGACAAUCAGCAACACAGCCAGUUGCAGCAGUUGUUACCAUAUUAACCCCAGUCAAAACUAGGAGCUCAGAGACAAUCAGCAACACAGCGAGUUGCAGCAGUUGUUACCAUAUGACCCCAGUCAAAACUAAGAGCUCAGAGACAAUCAGCAACACAGCCAGUUGCAGCAGUUGUUACCGUAUGACCCCAGUCAAAACUAGGAGCUCAGAGACAAUCAGCAACACAGCCAUUUGCAGCAGUUGUUACCAUAUUGACCCCAGUCAAAACUAUGAGCUCAGAGACAAUCAGCAACACAGCCAGUUGCAGCAGUUGUUACCGUAAUGACCCCAGUCAAAACUAGGAGCUCAGAGACAAUCAGCAACACAGCCAGUUGCAGUAGUUGUUACCAAAUUGACCCCAGUUACAACUAGGAGCUCAGAGACAAUCAGCAACACAGCCAGUUGCAGCAGUUGUUACCGUAUGACCCCAGUCAAAACUAGGAGCUCAGAGAUAAAUACUGUUUAAGAUAGAUAUUCUCUACAUUCCUCAUGGUAUGUUAAGCACAAACUCUGACAGAUCUCAUCUUUGAACUUUGUAACGGGCGAAAAAUAAAUGACCUUGUUCAGAAUGAAAUGGCAGAAUGACAAAGCACAACAAUUUAAGGGGAAACCAUAAAUGAAUGUGACCAGCAAAGAUGUGUUCAACGCAAAACAAUAUGUCAUGUCUUUGGGGACUUUGAAUUUUGAUGGUGUCAUUCAUUAAACAUUGAAUAUUUUUGUUAAAUAUAGUUAAAUAUAAUGAUAUAAAGGAUAUUUGAUUAAGGCGUGUAUGUUAAUUAUUACUUUAAGCACAAAUAUAGCACGUCUAUCAAUUACUUAUGAAACUUGCACCUGAUAAUGAUAAAUGCAUGAAAAUUAAAUUGUACUUAAGACAUUAUUUCAUAUGUUGAGCUUAAGAAAAUUGAAAGCUGUUUAAAUUAUGCUGGUAACAUUAUAUACAAAAUAUGUAUUGGAUUAUAUUCAUGUAAAAAACAAGUUUCAGUUUUCUGUUGUUACAUGCAAUAUAGAAGUAUUAUCAAGAAUCGUGUUAAGUAUGGCACUAUUCGAAAUGAAUAUUCAUUAAAUAAAGACAAAAUCAUUUAAUCUUCUUUCAAUUGUCAAUUCUGUAUGUACUACUACUACCUUAUUUAUUUGACUUGAUAUGGUUUGUUAAAUUAUAAGAUAAUGCCUCUUUAUUUGGAAAGCUUUCAAUGUUUUGAAACUGAGUAUUUAAAAAUGAAUUAUUAAAAGAAUUAUGAAAAAUCAUGACUGAUGUCAAAGUUAUGUUUGAUUUUGCCAAUUUUGUGUUGAUAUUUAAUAUACAUGUACUUACAUGCUCAUAAGUGUUGACAUUUGUUUUUGAACAUAAUAGUUUUUUAUGUUUUAUAUCGUGUAUAUACACAUUUACAAGUCCAAAUUUUCAUCCUCUCAAUCACUCAGUAACUUUACCAACAAUAAAUGUUGGAUCUCUGUAUAUAGGUAAAUUGUGCAAUUGAUAUAUAGAGCAACUGCAACAAAUCAGUCAGUUACAAAUCAAGGCAGAGUGAUGUAAUAUGCUGGCAAUUGUUAAGUAGUGCAGUUGUCUCUUUUUGUUCUCAGGUUAGAGCAAUGUUGUUUGCUUCAAAAAUAAAAACACAGUCUCCCUUGUAAGAAAAUUAAUGUGUUCACAUCUCAACAUAACAAGUAAAUUCAUAGAGAAAAUCAAAUUAUUUACAUGAUAUACUCGACAAUUAGUCUAAUGGAAUUUGUAGAAUAAAAAAUAACAUGUAAUUAUGACGAUUAUAAGUGAAUGUUUGACACAAAAUGUCUCUUCAGAAAUGUGUAUAUUUUAAUGAUAAAUCUAUACAUUGUACUUGCUGUACUUUUUAUAGUAUAUUUUAUGAACGUGCAGCUGAUAAGUGAAUGUGACAAUUUACGAGUUAUGUUACAAUUUGUUACACGUUGACAUGGCCACAUAAGCUGUUAAUGGAGUGCAUUCACUGCGGCCAGUUUCCAGAAAGCUCCCAAUUAAAAAACACCAGAAAAUAUCUUAAGAUCAGAUAGUUUGGUUGUUGACAUUAGUUUUGAUUUAUUUAUUGAUUGUGUUAUGCCUUGUACUCUUAAUUUGUUAUCAAAUAUUUAAGUUUAUAUGACUUGAAGAGACUUACAUGUUUAUUUUAUUGAUGUGUUUGUGCUGAUUUCUUGCAUUCUGAUUAAAGAAUAUUCAAGUGGAAAAAGAAUAUUAUUAUGCAUUGAAAGUGUGUUGUGAUUUCAAAUAAAAAUACUAUGAAAAUAUA